GGUUGAUUGAGAAGAGUAACUGAAGAGCUACUGGAUUGUCCUAGAAAGCAACUCACAGCUGGACUCCAACAUGAAAACAGGAAUUUGUCUUCUUCUCUUAUGGGAAAUGUGCUUGGGAAUGAACACAUCUUCUGUCAAGACCAGAAUGCCAGAGAAGAACAAAGAACAUUUCUUGUCAAAGAAACAGACUUUCAGCAUUUCUGAGGAACACUUUCACCAUAAAAAUAUCCCAAAGCCAUUUGAAGUGCAAGUCCCUUUAGAAUCCACUGUUUACAAUGUCACUGAAAAGAGCACAAAUUUUGGAUUCAAUCUCUACAGAAAAAUAGCCAUGCAACAUGAUAACAAUGUUCUUUUCUCCCCUCUCUCUCUGUCAUUUCUCAUGGCUGCCUUUAUGCUUGGAACCAAAGGGGAAACAAACAACCAGAUAGUUCAAGGUCUAAACCUCCACCUUUUGAAGGACAAAGAGAAUCCUUAUCACUUGCCAGCUUUGUUUAAACAACUGAAGGAGAACAUCACAGCAAAUGAAGAGUUUAUUCUUCAGCAAGGUAGUUUUGCCUUUAUCCAAAAGGACUUCUGUCUCAAUGAAUCUUUCCUCAAUUUAUCCAAGGAGUACUUUGACAUGGAAUUCCGGAGUGUGGAUUUUAACAACUCCACACAGGCAAAGGAGGUCAUAAACCAGAAUGUUAACAAAAUGACCAAAGGAAAAAUCCAAGAGCUUUUUGAGGAUUUUGACACACAUGCUAAACUGGUUCUAGUGGAUUACGUAUUUUUUAAAGGCAAAUGGAUUCACCCAUUUAACGCUAGGCUCACAGAACCAGAGUUUUUCCACAUAGAUAAAUAUAGAAGUGUGCAGGUACCCAUGAUGUUCAAAUCAGACAAAGUUGCCUCAACUUUCGAUGAGAACUUAAGAUGCACUGUGGUAAAACUUCCCUACAAAGGAAGAGUACACCUGCUGAUUGCUGUGCCAGAAAAGGAGGGAGAUUAUGUUUCACUUGAAGACCACUUAACAGCAGAGCUUGUGGAGUUGUGGCUCAGAAACAUGAAGACCAGAAAAAUAGAUUUUUUCCUUCCGAAGUUCAAACUAGACCAGAACUACCAAAUGCAUAAACUCCUUCAAACUCUAGGAAUUAAAAAUCUCUUCACAAACCAGGCAGACCUGAGUCAACUCACAGAUCAAAUGUAUGCCAGAGUAUCACAGGUUAUCCAAAGAGCAGUAAUUGAAGUGGAUGAGAGAGGAACUGAAGCAGCAGCUGCUAGUGGGUCAGAAAUGACUGCAUACUCAGUGCCACCUACUAUUAGAGUGAACAGACCAUUCCUUUUCAUGGUAUUUGAAGAAACUUUUAAAACACUGAUUUUCAUGGGCAGGGUGGUUAACCCUACAGAACUGUGAAUAAAGACAAUGGUUUCUAUCUAUGUCAUGCACCAAGUUUUAUUUUUGUUUUCUUUAAACUAUUACUUUGCAUUCGUCAGAACUAAUGUUAAAUAUGGAAAAUUAGAUCAGAAUAGCUUCCUAUUUUGAACCAGCAGCAGGUCCUAUUAAAGUAUAUUUUGUUAAUGCCAGAGUGCCCAGAUUACCUCAUUGAAUCAAUAAUUGUGACGGAGAUCUGUUCAAAAGCUAUGUUAUUUAAUACAUUUCCCAACUAUCUUCCAACAGCCAUUCAAUAGUAGACUUGAAAUUG